ACAACUACUACUACCUUCCACUGAACUAGUAUUACGUGUCUUUUUCAUGUAUAAAUGGCCUUUAAAGUAUUCUCCAGACUCACUGCGGUGACUCUCCGACUGAAGCCUCAUCCUGCCGCCUUCAGUGCGUUGAGCUCCGGCGGCAGUUUAACGGUGGAACACGACCGACAGAACCGGCGCUUCACCGUCUCUCCGGACAGCGGAGCUGACUGUGCCGUGCUGCUCUACAGGUUCACCGGGGAGAAGGAGGUGGAUCUCAUGUCAACCUUUGUACCGGAGACCUUCAGGGGCCACGGUGUUGCUGCUCUUCUGUCUCAGGCUGCCAUGGACUUCCUGGUUGAGGAAAACCUCAAGGCUUAUGUCUCCUGUUGGUAUAUAAAGAAAUACAUCGAGGAAAACCCGCGACAGCGUUAUGAACAACGUGUCAUCACUUGACUGAAGAGCAGAUGAGAUUCUACCUCAAAUCAACAACAACCUCGUGUGUCAAUGGAUCAAUAAGUCAUAUCAUAUUUAUAUUGUAGAGAUGUUUGACGAAACCCCAUUAAAGUUAGGCACAUACAAUUCAGAACAGAGACAUGCAUUUAAUCCAACGUAAUUAUGAAUAAAGCUACGGAAAAUCUCCCUGAAAUGAAUUCUGGGUUUGAAGACGUUUGUCUGUAAUCACUCUGUUUAUAUUUUCUAAUAAAAUAUGAAUAUUUAUGAAUUAUUCAUAUGUUUAUCAAGACAUAAUGUUUGAUUGUUGAUCAUGUCUGUAUACUUGAAGAAACACUACAAAUCUUUGUCUUUCUAAGAUGUAUUUGUUGACAAUUAAAA